UCUGUUUCCCCGUCGUUCUCUCUCCACCGUGCUCUUUUCUCCGUUCUCUCUGCUCCGUGUUCCGACGGUGUACGCGUAUAUAAUCGCGGUUAUCGUAUCUCUCUUUGCCGUUCUUCCGUUGUUCCGUUCUCGCUUCCCUGUCGCUCUCUCACCGCUCUCCGUUCUCUGCCCUCCGCGCACCGCGCACCGCUCUUCGCUGGUCGUCGAUCCUCGGAAAAUGGUGUGGAUAGACUCUCCCGUAGGAGCCAUGAGUUACCAAAUGUCUUUGAAUCAGUCCAGACCAAUGUCUCACGGGAACUACCAGGGACCCGGGGAUCUGCCCAUGGGUUCCACCAAAGAACAGACCCUGAUGUGGCAACAGAACUCUUACAUGGUGGACUCUGGAAUUCAUUCUGGCACUGUCACCCAGACUCCUUCCUUGUCGGGCAAGGAGGACGACGAGAUGGAGGGGGAUCCUUUGAUGUUCGAUCUGGAUCAGGGCUUCGCGCAGGGGUUUACCCAAGAUCAGGUAGACGAAAUGAAUCAACAGCUGAGCCAUACGAGAUCCCAGCGGGUACGGGCAGCAAUGUUUCCAGAAACGUUGGAGGAAGGUAUAGAAAUUCCUUCUACUCAAUUUGACCCCGCUCAACCCACUGCCGUGCAGAGACUGGCAGAGCCUAGUCAGAUGUUGAAGCACGCGGUUGUCAAUUUAAUCAAUUACCAAGACGACGCGGAUCUGGCGACUCGCGCGAUACCAGAACUGAUAAAGUUGUUGAACGACGAAGAUCAGGUUGUCGUAUCCAAGGCCGCGAUAAUGGUGCACCAACUCUCGAAAAAAGAGGCCUCUCGUCAUGCGAUCAUGAACAGUUCUCAAAUGGUCGACGCGUUGGUGCACGCGAUUUCGAAGAGCAACGACCUCGAGUCGACCAAAGCAGCGGUCGGUACCUUGCACAAUUUGUCUCACCACAGGCAAGGUCUGCUGGCUAUAUUCAAGAGCGGCGGUAUACCCGCCCUCGUUAAAUUGUUAAGCUCUCAAAUGGAGUCCGUGCUUUUCUACGCGAUAACGACCCUCCACAAUCUAUUGUUGCACCAGGAUGGCUCCAAGAUGGCAGUCCGCAUUGCCGGAGGUUUACAGAAGAUGGUCGCGUUGCUUCAACGCAAUAACGUCAAAUUCUUGGCCAUAGUGACAGAUUGCCUGCAAAUCUUGGCGUACGGUAAUCAAGAGAGCAAGCUGAUCAUACUUGCUUCGCAAGGACCGAUAGAGCUGGUGCGCAUAAUGCGUUCCUACGACUACGAAAAGCUGCUGUGGACGACGUCGAGAGUGUUGAAGGUGUUGUCCGUCUGUCCGAGCAAUAAACCCGCGAUCGUCGACGCGGGUGGCAUGCAAGCGCUCUCGAUGCAUCUUGGGAAUCCGAGCCAGAGGCUCGUCCAAAAUUGUCUGUGGACGCUGCGGAACUUGUCCGACGCCGGCACAAAGGUAGACGGGUUGGAGGUAUUGCUGCAGAGCCUGGUGCAGAUGCUGAGCUCGACCGACGUCAACGUCGUCACAUGCGCCGCCGGUAUUUUAUCGAAUCUGACUUGCAACAAUCAGCGCAACAAAGUAACGGUUUGCCAAGUCGGGGGCGUUGACGCCCUAGUACGCACUAUCAUUUACGCGGACAGUCGGGAGGAGAUCAGCGAGCCGGCGGUGUGCGCGCUCCGUCAUUUAACGUCGCGUCACGGAGAGGCUGAAACCGCGCAAAACUCUAUCCGCUUGAAUUAUGGAAUCCAAGUGACGGUGAAACUGCUGCAACCACCGUCGCGCUGGCCCCUCGUCAAAGCGGUGAUCGGAUUGAUUCGCAACUUGGCGCUGUGCCCGGCGAAUCACGGACCUCUUCGCGAUCAGGGCGCGAUUCGCGAUCUCGUCAGGCUUCUGAUGGACGCUUUCCCCGAGGCACAGCGGCAGCAACGAUCGUCAGUGGCGAGCACCGGAAGCCAACAAACGUCGGCAGCGUUCGCGGACGGCGGUGUACGCAUGGAGGAAAUUGUCGAGGGAACCGUUGGAGCGCUCCAUAUUCUCGCGAGAGAGUCUCACAACAGGGUGAUCAUCAGAUCGCACAACGUCAUUCCGAUUUUCGUGCAGCUGCUGUUUAACGAGAUCGAGAACAUCCAACGCGUAGCGGCCGGAGUGCUCUGUGAGCUUGCCGCCGACAAAGAAGGUGCCGAAAUGAUCGAACAAGAAGGUGCUACCGCUCCUCUGACGGAGCUGCUCCACUCUAGGAACGAGGGCGUCGCCACGUAUGCGGCCGCCGUACUGUUCCGCAUGAGCGACGACAAACCGCAGGAAUACAAGAAACGGCUCUCCAUGGAGCUGACCAACUCGUUGUUCCGCGAGGACACAAAUCUCUGGAACAACGGCGACUUCGCGAUGCCCCCGGACCUACAGGACAUGCUUGGCCCUGAUCAAGGCUAUGAUGGUAUGUAUGGACAAGGACCUCCUAGCGUACACAGCAGCCACGGAGGUCGAGGGUAUCAGCCGCACGGUUAUGGCCAGAUACCAGUAGAUUCCAUGCAAGGGUUGGAAAUAGGUGGAGGGUCGACGUAUGGCGCGAUGGACACUAUGGACGUAGCGCACGAGGGUGACCUGAGUUUCGAUCAUUUAGAAGAGCUUCCUGCACCGCCGCAAGACAACAACCAGGUCGCAGCCUGGUACGACACCGAUCUCUGAAACUGUGCCAGCGCAAAUCCACCCACAUCCCUGCACACGAACACAGGAACACGCACACCAGCGCACACACACACACACACACACACACAAAGACGAAAGCACACUUUCGCACGCAUAUCGACGACAGACAUAAUUACAUUUCACACUGACGAAGACACGGACGCGGAACAUACGUGAAUCCUCCUCGGGGAGGCGGACUAGUGAGGCUCUUAAGUAAUUUUAAUACAGACUAAAAUAGUAUCGUCGUUUUACUCUCACCCUGUAUAUCGAUCGAGAUCGAAAGAAUUUUGACAAAUUACCACACCACCAUCAUUAACCACCACCACCACUACCACCGCCGCCACCACCACCACCGCCACCAAAACCACCGUCACUACCACCGCAAGAACCAUUACCGAUUUACCGGCAUUAACCGUGGAGAACGACGAAUUAUCAAACGCGGAACGCGAACGAUCAUCGCAGAGAAAAAAACAGUUAAACGAAACAUGUCGAACUCGAGUAUAUACGAGUUAAUACGCGGAGAGGUACCGGAAAAUCUGUAGCUUGUUUUUACACGAAGGAAACAGGGUACGAAAAAAUCAUGUGCUCGCAGCACACGGCGCAUUGAUUCUUUAGACAUACGAGAAAACCGGUGUCGCUAUAUACAACUAUCUGCAUAUACAUAUAAAUAAUGCGUAUGUGUAUGCAUAUACAUAUAUAACUUACCAGUGUCGUACCUUAGAUAUUUAUAAUAAAAGGUAAAAGAAAAAGAUACUGGAGAGCCUGGAAACGAGGACAUUGUUCACGGCGAUGAUGACGAUGAUGAUGAUGAUGAUGAUGAUGAUGACGAUGAGACGAGACGAGACAUCGAAAACGGUCACACGUUGACGUUAUGGUUCGACGAGUCCCGUGUAUUACAAGUAACAAAAAAAAAGGAACCCUGUCGAUUUUAUACCUCCACUUUUCUUUACGGAAUCUACGAAAUUAUUGUUACGCCCGUCGGGAAGAACGGUAUGCCACGUUUGAAUAUCGUAGCUCUAAGAAAAACAGGACGAGGAGACGGAGAGGAAGAAACGGAUAAAAAGAAGUAUCGAACCGCGCGAGAAUCGAACGCCACGCGUAAUACCGUGUCAGCGUUAAUCACAGCAGUAUUUUGUUCGACGAGAGCAUCGAUAAAUGUUACGCAUCCGCAGACAAUAUCUCAGUUUCGCGUACGCAGACCGCGGUCGAGUUCAUUCUGUUUAUUUUAGGGACCAUGUAAUAAUCUACUCUUUUUUUCUUGAAUUUUCACGCGCGAAACGGCGCGAUCGUUCGAUUAAUUAUUCCUUUGAAUUUCGUCGAUUUCGAACGCGACGAUUUCUACUCGUGGCAGUAUAAAAAAAACGAUUACCGAACGACGUACGAUCGAUACCGCAUUACGCAUUUUAUACGUAGCCGUUGCAUUUCACGAUUCUCUUCCAGUGUCGUGCAUCCGUAAUUUAUAGUGGAAAUCAUCGAGGAGAUCUUCGUUGGGCGAGCGAGCAUUCGAUUAUUUUUCACGCGAGCACAAACCGAUCGCGAGGCGCAGCAUUGUUUGUGUCGCGGUUCGCAAGCGUCGGCUACGGCUCGAAAACGGCUCGCACUUUGCCGGGAUGGGUGCGCGUUCUCGGUACACGGCGUCCACGAACUUCAUAUUCUCGUUCUCGUGAUUUCGCGACGAAACCGCGUCGAGACUGCUCUUUCCUCGGGACUGCUGGACACUGGCGGUAGACGUCUAGAGGAAGGACGGACCACCUACCCACCUAAACGUACGAUUCCACGCGAAAGGCUAAUCGAGGUAUACGCAGAAUGUUCGCGGUUUCACGAUUCAUAGUGAUUUCAUACCAUUGCCGCUCGUCGACGUGCGCUCGGGCGAACUUGUAAACUUUGAGAAGGAUCAAAGGGAGAGAAGAUGUAUGUAAUCGUGGACGGGCGAAACGCCGUGGUCUCAUCGACGAAGCCUCGCCCGCGUGUUCGUACGACCGAACGAAAUCUUUUAAUCCGCGCGUCGCCAGUUGUCAUCGAGGGUAUUUCCUUGGUGGACACGCCAUCCGUUCGUGGUGCGGUGUUACGGUUCAAAUCGAAGACGAUAAAAGUAUAUCGCGCGUCGAUCCGGAGAGAACGCACUGCCCGACACUGUCGAUUGCCUGAAUAAUCCAUUAUAUCAUAGGUCUCCUUCGAAACUUGCGAAUCUAUUGAAUUGCAGAGAGCGUUUACCUAUUUAUACCGCUAACCCCCCCGAAACGAUAGUAUCAUUCUCGAGUAUCAGUGAAUUACAAUCACGAAUAAAUAUAAACGAAUAUCAAUGAA